AUGCUGCAGGUUUUGUCUACCCAAGCGCAAACCUUGGUGGUCGAACUUGCAGACGCAAUCUGCCACAGCAUCGUCGUCAAAGAAAAUCCUCUCAUCGCCUGCCUCUCUGCUUCGUUUCGCAUCACCAUGAUUUCCGAUCGCGAUCUUUUCACGUUGGCCAUCUUCUUUGGCGCAGCCUCCAUGCUUCUCAUCGUCGCCUACCACUUCCUGGAGGCCAAUGCCGCGCCCAAUGCAGCCGUUUCCGACAAGGUGGAGCACGCAAAGUCCUGA